UUAUGGUAAAGCCUCGGGGUAGAUGAUAUAACCUUGUUUUUGUAAUUUAUAUAGAAAAUUACUAGCGCAAUUCGGAAUGACUGCGUUGGAUGAAAUCAUAAUUUUACUUUUAUUGGUUAUGAUGAAAAUUUGCUUAGGACAAAGAGGAGUUUGGUUGAGUGGCAAAAGGUCGUAUGAAUAUUAUAUUUCACCUGGAAACUUUACUGGAACAUAUUACGAAGCAGAAUCAUCCUGUAAAAAAGUUGGCGGAGAACUGGCGUUCAUAAAGUCGGAAAAAACCCAACUAUUCAUCGGAAACUUGGUAUUAGAAUGUACAGGGAAAGCAUCAGGGUAUUUCAUUGGAUUGCGCGACGUUCACAAUAACGGCACUUUUCGGUGGAAUGAUGGAACACCGAUGGAGUAUCAGAAUUGGAAUGAAGGUCAACCAAAUGUAAGAGGAAUACAAACAUGCGUAACCAUGGGAUUUAGACAGUCGGAUGAGCAACUACGCUGGCAUGAUUAUUAUUGUGCAGAUGGGGGAAUGGGAUUUGUUUGCCAACGAAAGAAAUGUCCUAGGGGAUGGACUCGUAAAAAGAAAUAUAGAAAUAUUAAAAAUUCUUGCUUCGAUGAUCGUGGCUUCAAAUUAGAUGCAGCAAGUUUUAUGGUUGGAUUCACUGCACCAUUUCUUUUGCUCGUUAUUGUCAUAACAGCUUUUGUAAUGUAUCAUAAAAAGAUUAAAAGAAAUAAUCCUGAUAAAGAGGCCCAAGUAAAACAAGAACCUGAUAAAGAGGCCCAAGUAAAACAAGAACCGAUUUAUGAUGUUGUAGCUGCUGAUGACUAUAGAUUGGAAGACAACAAGAGCGUAUGAAGACGCACCUCAGCUAUUUGCAAGAACUUAAUCGAGGAAAGCAGGCAAUGGCAUUCGCACCCUCUUACACGACGAGCAGAAAAUAAUUCGAAGUUGAAAAAAAUUAUGAAAGAGAAAAACUUCAUUAUUCAAACUGCUGUAUUUCACAAACUUAACAUUAUUUGCAAAUAGCCAAUUAGCCAUAAUACUAUUUCGUAUGUUGUUGUCCGCCUGCCUGGAGUCUAUUGAACCAUUGUCUCAAUUUAACA